UGACUAGCACGUAACCCAGCCGCAUGUUAAUCUUCGAAAAGUGCAAACGUCUUCUGGGGGCCAUUCGUUCACUUCACUCAUUCUCUUCUUACGUUCAUUGACCGCACAGUUCCCUUCCACCUAUAACUCAGUAAAUUCGCGCGCGCAUAUAUCCAUAUCCGCCAACCUCUACCACCGCAUCAAAAUGGCGCAACAACCAGUACUGUGGCAGAAGCGUGUCCUCGUGCCCUUUUGGACUGUCCGCAUCUUCAUAAUGAUAAUUAUUAUUGCCACAUAUGCGUGGGUAUUGCAGAGUGUAAACAACAUCAAGGACGUCGCGAAACCAGCAAUCGCAUCUGUCGUCGUCUUCAUGCUCUUUAUUAUUAUUGUACUCUUAAUGGAUAUCCUCGCCAUUGUGCUCUUCCUCCGCGAUGCGCUAAAGCCGGGCAAUUUCCUUAUAAUGAAUUGCAUCCAAACUGGGUUCUGGGCAGUCGUCCUUAUCAUAAACUUUGUAGCCAUAGGGAGAGGCAAGAGUUCAGUAGGCAUUGGCUUCAGCAUCUUUAUCUUCCUUACCUUUGUCGGCCUCCUCAUAUACUCGAUUAUCGGUUACACUCGCGCGAAAAAGGCAGCCCAGCUCGGACAGUACGCUCCCGCGCACAACCCUGCGGCUCCAGCACCGGCUACCUACCCAGCGCCUUACCCUACCCAGUACCAGAACGCGAAUCCGUACCAGCAGACUACCGCAUAUUCGCAUACGCCCGAACCUGUUGAACUGCAGGCUGGGCACUUGCCGCCAUACCAAGCGGGUGCUGCAGGAGACUACUACAGUCAGCAGCCUCAGAAGCCGGCUAAUGUAAUGUAGCUGAGGCUUGAAGCUGACGGGAAAGAUGGACAACUUGCACAAAAGGCGUUUUUGAGAGAUUGGGAAAGCAUUGCUUUGUGGCGCAAAUGAGCGGGUUUUACUACGGUUUGCGCGCUGGAGGAGUUAAAUACCAAUGCGAUGAUUACAGGAAUUAG